UUCAACGUUCAUCUUCCACUGACCCCGACCUUCAGGACAUUCCUGGCCAGCGACGAUCUCUGUAAUGAUAUACCAUCGGGACUAAUAGACUUAUAAUAUCAGCGAUCGGCCGCUUCAACAUCGCCUAAUAAGAAUAAACUCCCGGAGCCGAUCCUCCUCAACGAGAUGAUCCGCCUCCACUUUGGCCUACCGGAUCGCAAUGUCGUAGCUUGCUUGUUACCACCCGUCAUCGCCGCCUUGCUCUCCUGCGUUUUCAUCACCGUCCGGCCUAUCGCGGACUUGUCGGGGAGUUUCGCCUUUUUGGUCUCGACCCUGCAAUUCCUGUACUUUUACCCCGCCGGAACCCUAAGCACCUUGAUCGAGAGCAGUGCUCUUUGUUUCCUUGGAGCCGUCGUAGCCCUGGCCUACUCGGACCUCGUUCUCUACUUUGCCAUCCUCUGCAAUCGGCACUCGUCGCUCCCGGAAAAUGUCGAAGGCGAGACGAUCGGAGCUAGGGUGGUUUGCGCCUUUGGUCUGGUGAUAAUAGCACUUAUAUCGGGAUGGAUCCGAUCGACUUCCCCACGUCUGGUCAAUGCUUCCCGGAUCCUCCUCUUUCAUACCAUAUGGACCCUGGUCGGUACAAGCAAUAUCAGAGUGCUUACGGCCGACCAUUUCCUGCUGCUCUUUUAUCCAACUCUCUGGUCGGCACUCUUAUCCAUAAUCAGCCUUAUAAUCGGUCACACUAUACUACCUCCAGAACGCAAGCGUUUGAAUGACAUACUCGGAGAAGCUUUGAAAGGACUCGCAGCUGGCAUUCGAGGUCGAGGGGUCAUGCGGAAUACGGUGUCCCGCCACUCUCGGACGUUGUCCGACGGUGGUGCAGACGGCAUGGAACAAGAGCGGGAGGACGCGAGCAACGAGUCGGCAACUCCCACCGCCUACUCUCCUCCGGCUCAAAUCGAACAAGCCAGAGAAUCUAUCGAGUUGGCGGAACAGGAUGACGUCAAACCGAAAUACCGGCCGCUCAUCUCGCUCCUCCCGAUCAUUCGUGAACACUAUUCGACAGCUCUGCAUGGUAUCACGUACGAUCCCAUGUCGACCCGUCGUCUCAGACCCAUUUUGACCAUCCUGUACACACACAUCGGUCGAAAUCCUAUCGUGAAAGACUUGGCCAAGACCACCUCGGGCGAAUACUCCUUCGAGCUCCAAUCGGGGAAUGGCAAAAAACAGCUCAAGGAGAGCUUGGACGGGAUCCGAGAGUUGAUCGCGCUGGCUAUCGAGGAUUCGCUUCGAGCCGUACGGGAAGCCUACGAUUGGCACCAGGACGAUAGCGACUCGCGGCAAAACUUGGGCGGACCGCUCGGGUUCUGGCAGAAUCACGUCGUUUCCCACAAGACGAGGGCCAGAAAGGCUGGUGAACCGUCUGAUCCUCGAAGACGGCUCGCUGCCUCUCAAGAGGCUCUUUUGAACGCCACCUGGAGCUACGAGCACGAUCUCCUCACUUGGCUCGAGACGGGGUUCUUCUCCCAGCCUAAAAGCGGAAGAAUGAUCACAGAGAGGGAAAUGAAGGAACUGUCUAGCCGAGAUAUCGCCAGGAUGCUGUUCAAACGGGACAAGGUGCGAGGUCGUCGAGGUUAUCAUGCCGAGGAUACGACCGGGACAUCCACUCCGAUCGACCCUGACGCUACGCUUAGCAAGGAAGAUGUCGCUAAAGCGCAAGAGGAGCGUGUCAAGGCGGCCGCUUGGCUAGUAGCAAUCCUGGAUCUCGCAAAGGACGUCAGCCUGCUUUGCAACGCGACAAGGGACCUGUUGAACUUUGCCUGUCAGAAUAGCAAGGACGGGCAUUUCGUACUCAAGCGGAAACGUUUCUACUUUCCACUAUUCGAUUUGGCCUGGCUGGAACGAAGUACGAUCCAAGCGGGUUUGCAGUCGGAUCGCUGGACACAGGAAAUCCGAGAGUCCAACCGAGGAGAUGUCGACGACGCGGAGGCUCGAGAAGAAGCCAGAGAGGCGGCCCAGCAUGAAGAGAAUCUGGCACGCCAGAUAUCGCGUCAUCAACGGCGGGAUUCGGAAAAGCACGACGACGAAAAGUCGGAUUCCCGUGAGAAGCUGCGAAGGAGGAGGACACCAUGGAAAGACCUGAUACCCAGGCUCAAGUUGAUGUAUGCCAAGUGGUGGGACGCUGACAGCACACUCUCCCGGAGACUAACUUUGUCGAGAGCGAUCUCGGAAUUCAAGCAUUCCCGACAUAUUCAAUACGCCUUCAAACUGGCUUUGGGUGUUAUGCUCCUGUCUUUACCGGGUCUGUUGCCGCUCGGAAGUCAAAGCAGAAAAUAUUUCGUUUCAGCAAGGGGGCAAUGGUCUGUCAUCAGCUACAUGUAUGUAUUGGACGUCACCACCGGCGCUACCUUCAGGUUGGGAGUGUGGCGUGUGAUCGGCACUGUUUCUGGUGCGGUUGUUGGCUACGUUGGUUACGUUAUGUCACGGGGAACGCCAUAUGGACUCAGCGCAGUAUCUACUGUCGCGAGUCUACCGAUCGCUUGGUUGAUGUUGUUCUCCAACACCCCUGGGAUCGGUAUCGUUGCUGGCAUCACUUUACCUCCCAUCCUCUUCAUCCCAUACCUUGAGCGGGAGUCGUACCAUGGCGCCUUGAUCGUUGCACUAUGGCGUGCUGCGCAGAUAGUCAUUGGAAUCGUGGGAGCUUUUCUUGUCAACCUUUUCAUCUUCCCUUACCAUGCUAGAACUCGAUACCACAAGGUAGUCGCGCAGACUCUGGAUACUUUAGGGGACUUGUAUCUGACCAUGAGUCGCGAGAAUCUUCGGCCGUCGUUGGUAAAUCGCGUUCCAGGAGAGCAAUACGCCGGGCUCGAGCGUAGUAUCGAGAUCGGGAUCGGGCAGUGUCGCUCACUUGCGACGAUUCAACAACUUGAGAUUUCUCUCCUCCCGAAACCGUACGCCAUACAUGUACAACUCAAUAACGACAUCGCCAAGAUCUACGAUCUCCUCGUUGAGAUCAGGACCAUUCGACAAGGUAUCCCUCGCCAGGAGACGGUACUGGAUGUGCUUCCGCUCCGACAAAACUUGGUAUCAUCAGUCUACGUCGUCAUGUUUGCGGUCGCUCACGCUUCGAGGUCCCGCACACCUUUGCCUCAGUUCAUGACUUCUCCCAUAGAAGCGGUCAAUAACUGGGCGAAAGCUGUCGAGGAACACCUAAAUAGCGGAUCCCGGUCUCGGUCACGAUCUCCGACCCAUCGAAGCGAGAGCGCAGGCUUGCCGACUCCGCGGACCACAAGUCCAGAGUUGGCAGUGCUAUACGCCUGUGCCGAGCGCGAGGCGCUCUCGAAAUUGAGUCACUCCGUUGUAGACCUAUUGAACACCGCACGCACACUAUUUGGUGUGCAAUCAUUCCUCUUCCAGCCACGACUUCAGCAUGCAGACGAGGAGGAGAUCUUAUACAGGUAGAGAGGGACUGGCACACAGGCCAGUCUCCGUUCAAAAGAUUGUAUUACUAGCACAGCACAACAUUCGCAUACGGUUCCGCUUCAGAAUCGGCAGAUCGCUUAGAUGUGAUAUCGCUCUAUCAGACUUAUGGUCUCGUG